AUGGCUGCACUGACACUUCUUAUCCUCACACUUGUCUUUCUUCAAGUUUUGUUAGUUGUUGCUAACGUUAACUUGAAUUCAACACUUACCACCAAUGACAAUGAUGCAUGGCUUUCACCUUUGGGUGAUUUUGCUUUCGGGUUUCGUCCACUUAACGACACAAGCACGAGUCUCUUCAUGGUUGCCAUUUGGUAUAACAAAAUUCCCGACAUGACCGUUGUUUGGAAUGCAAAAGCAGCAGAUGAUAAUAACGUUGUAAAAGCACCAACAGGGUCACAGGUUCAGCUCACAUCACAAGGACUAACUCUCACAAAUCCUAACGGGGAAUCCAUAUGGACGGCACAACCAAACGCCGUUGUUUCGAAUGGAACUAUGCUUGACACUGGCAACUUUGUUCUCUUAAACAACAAUUCUACUAGUGUGUGGGAAAGUUUCAAGAAUCCCACAGACACGUUGUUGCCUAACCAAUCUCUGGAGACAGAUGGCAAGCUAACUUGUCGAUUCACAGAGACCAAUUACACAAGAGGAAGGUUCCAACUUUAUUUUCAAAAUGGUGAUGUUUUUCUGAAACCCCUUUCUUGGCCUUCAGAAUUUCGUUACGACCCUUAUUAUAAAAUUGAUGCUGCUGCCUCUGCUUCACAAUUAGUGUUCGAUGAAUCUGGGAAUAUUUAUGCAGAGACAACGAAUGGAACUAGAUUCCAACCUCAAAGUCCAAAAUGGGUUGACUUAACUCUUGAUCCUAAGGAGAAUUACUACAGAGCAACACUUGACUUCCAUGGAGUUUUCACGCAGUAUGCUCAUUCAAGGAACUCCAGUGCCCAACAAGGUUGGUCAAUUUUGAGGUAUGUUCCUAGCAACAUAUGCAAUUCAAUAAACAAUGAAAUGGGUAGUGGUACCUGUUGGUAUAAUAGCAUUUGCUCCAUGGAAAAUCAGAGGCCUACUUGCAAAUGCCCAUAUGGGUAUUCAUUGGUAGAUCCAAAUAAUGCAUUUGGUGGGUGCCAACCCAAUUUCACCCUCGUUUGUGGAGCCGAUGUUGAAGGGUUGCAAGCACGGCCUGAAGAACUAUAUGACUUGCCCAUAUCAAUAGGCAUGAAUUUUCCUUUUGGAGAUUAUGAAAGGAUAGAACCUUAUACUCAAGAUGAGUGCAAACAAUCUUGCUUGCACGAUUGCAUGUGUGCUGUUGCCAUUUUAGGCGGUAGCACUUGUUGGAAGAAAAGAUUACCCCUUAUUAAUGGAAGAGUGGAUGCAGGCAAUCAAUUGGUCUUUAUCAAAACAAGAAUUACUCCUCUGAGCAAAUUAGAUCCUGGUGCAAAACAGGAACUUCCCACUGGUCCUGAUUCAAACAAUGAAGAUCGAGCUAAGCCAAUUCUUCGAGGGUCACUUAUUGGCUCCCUUGUUCUUAACAGUAUACUCCUUGCAACUGUUGUUUUGAUUCUUCUCUUGAAGCCAAAAAGGAUUGUCCAAGCUUCAAGUCUUUUGGAAACAAAUUUACAUUCAUUUACUUAUGAAGCACUGAAAGUAGCCACGUGGGGCUUUAAGGAAGAACUAGGCAGGGGUUCCUUUGGCAUUGUUUACAAAGGCAAAGUUGAAGCAGCGUCUUGUGAUGUGGUUGCCGUCAAGAAAUUGGACAGAUUGGCACAAGAACGAGAGAAGGAAUUUAAGACUGAGUUAAGUGCUAUUGGUAAAACCUGCCACAAAAAUCUGGUAAGGUUGAUUGGAUUUUGUGACGAGGGAAUCCAUAGGCUUAUUGUCUAUGAGUUCAUGAGCAAUGGUACUCUUGCAGAUAUCCUGUUUGGACAAGCCAAUCCCAUUUGGAAUCUAAGGGUUAGGUUUGCUUUGGAUAUUGCAAGAGGGUUGGUGUACUUACACGAAGAGUGUGACACUCCCAUCAUUCAUUGUGAUAUAAAACCUCAAAAUAUACUCAUAGAUGAGCAUUUCACUGCAAAGAUCUCUGACUUUGGGUUGGCCAAGUUGUUGUUGUCUGACCAAAGUAGAACCAAUACCAUGAUUCGAGGAACUCGAGGAUAUGUGGCUCCUGAAUGGUUCAAGAAUGUUCCUGUAACGGUUAAAGUGGAUGUUUACAGCUUUGGUGUCAUGUUAUUGGAAAUCAUUUGCUGCAGAAAAAGUGUGCAACUAACAGAGUCCGGGGAGGAGGAGAGUGCAAUAUUGAUAGAUUGGGCUUAUGAUUGCUAUAUUGAAAAGAGAAUAGAUGUUCUGGUGGAGAACGAUCCCGAGGCGUUGGCUGACAUUGGCAGGUUACAGAGUUGGAUAAAGAUAGCAAUCUGGUGCAUUCAAGAGCAUCAUGAAAUGAGGCCAACAAUGGGAAAGGUCAUGCAAAUGCUCCAAGGUUCGGUUGAAGUCCCUAAACCACCAUUGCCUUCCUCCUUCAAUUCAAUUUAGUUGACUGCCAUCCAAUUAGGGAGAAAAGGUAGCCCUGGUUACAAAAGUGGGUGAAGAUAGCAAUUUGGUGCAUUCAAGAGCAUCAUGAAAUGAGGCCAACAAUGAGGAAGGUCAUGCAAAUGCUAGAAGGUUCGGUUGAAGUCCCCAUCCCACCCCUAUGCCACCAUUGCCUUCCUCCUUCAAUUCAAUUUAGUUGACUUUCAUCCAGCCAAAAAUAUUGGGGGAGAAAAGGUAGCUCUCACAUGGUUCUAUAUACCAUUUCUUAUACCUUUUUUACACAAUAUUAAUAGAUGCUAUAUCUUAUAUAUGGAAUAUUUCUUAUUUGUAUACUUGCUAUAUGCAUCCUUGUACCUUG